UCACUGACGCGCUAUCCACAUUUGCCAAUGUUGCGAGCGUAUCUAUACAUAUCACGUAUAUCACGUAUAGAAUGUGUGCGAGCGCGUCGACACAUAUCACACUAUCUCGCUCCUCGUAUCUCGUGUAUAUCACGUUUGUUGAUGCCAACUCGCGGAUCUCUCGCGAAUAACUUAACGGGCGGUAAAAAAGCAAGGGGUACGCCGGCUUUUCGGCAGACGGUUCCUCGCGUAUACACGCGGACGACGGAGUUUCUCGGCUUCGAGUUUCUCGAGCGCGUCCCAGGAAGUCUCUAGGGGCAGGAUCGCGGAGAGUCUCUGUGCGCGACACACUCACGGACGGUCAGACGUUGUCAUUUGAAAACGGAAGCCAUCUUGUGGCCGAGACUCCCAUAUCACACGGGGAAUAAUAGUUCCACGGCUAUUUGCUCCGAUAAAUUGCUUCGUAUCUCACCAAAUACGUCUAGACUAUGCAUGAACCAUUUUAUCACACGUUCACAUAGCCAUGGCUGCGACAAGAAAGUUGCAAGGUGAAAUAGAUCGGUGCCUUAAAAAAGUAACAGAGGGUGUGGAAACAUUUGAAGAUAUUUGGCAAAAAGUCCAUAAUGCCACCAACAGCAAUCAGAAGGAAAAGUACGAGGCUGAUCUCAAAAAGGAAAUCAAGAAACUUCAAAGGUUACGCGAUCAAAUUAAGAGCUGGAUUGCAUCGGGUGAAAUAAAAGAUAAGAGUAUGCUUCUGGAUUACCGGAAGUUAAUUGAAACUCAAAUGGAAAGAUUUAAAGUUGUGGAAAGAGAGACGAAAACAAAAGCAUAUUCUAAAGAAGGUUUAGGUGCUGCUCAGAAAUUGGAUCCAGCUCAGAAAGAGAAAGAUGAGAUUACUAAUUGGCUCGCCAAUUCUAUAGACGCUCUCAAUCUGCAGAUGGAUACAUUUGAAUCGGAAAUAGAAUCGUUGCAGGCGGGAAAGAAGAAAAGGAUAGACAAAGAUAAGCAAGAUAGGGUAGACGAAUUGAAAGCGAAGCUUGACAAACAUCGCUAUCAUAUCCGUAAAUUGGAGACAUUAUUACGUAUGCUUGAUAAUAUGUCCGUCGAAGUCAAUACAAUUAAAAGGAUAAAGGACGAUGUCGAGUAUUACAUCGAGUCUUCGCAAGAUCCGGAUUUUGAGGAAAAUGAAUACAUUUAUGAUGAUAUUAUCGGCCUCGAUGAAGUUGAGUUGCCUGGAGUUGGUAUUCCCUCGUCAGCAACAACGGAUAGUAACAACAGCAACGAAACCGGAGGAACGCCCACCUCAACUAAUUCCUGUACUUCGCCUAUACCGUCACCGUCGUUGAGCUCCACUAUGCAUAAUCAUUCAAGCGACAGUUCUACAGAUAAUGACAAGAAAACAAAGCCUGUGAAACCAACAGCAGUCAGGCCGCUAUUGAAUACGCAAGCGAGCAUUCCAACCACGGGAAGCACUGCCACCAUAAAAUCGAAUAUGUUAUCGAGCAGCACUCCAAGCAAAACCAUUCCCAUGACACCUAGCCAUAGCUCGCCUAGUUCUACGAGCAAUCACAUUGCCACGACUAAUGCCGGCAAUUUCGCUACCGUAGCUGCCUCGCACAGCAAUUCGCAAGCCAUCCAUUCUACCUCCAACAAAACAUCCACCCACAACAGCGAAAAUAAUAUCUUGUCAUCGUCAUCUACGUCCAGCGUUACGUCGAAUGUGCAACAAACGGUUGCACAACAGCACAAUAAUAAUCCGGCGCCGGUACAGACGACGCACAUAUUGCACAGUCAACAAAGUCAAAAUCACAAUAGCGAAACGGAAAUGACUACACCGAUACCGCCAUCUUCGUCGCCGCAGUCGUCGGUCAGCAGUAGAUCUUCGCCGAUGCCCGCAAACUCCUGCUCGCCAGCACCGUCCACUGCCAAUGGUCUCAUCCCUAAGCUUCCCGAUGGAAGCAUGUCCUCUCUAAAGUCCAUUGCCCAACAAGUAAUUGUCCGAGCAGGUCUCGAGAUACCACCUUCCGAGCCGAAUAGAAACAUCUUUGACAGUGCCAAGACGAGCAACAGUAGCAGCACCAACGCCACGUCAGAAGCACACAUUCCUCCGCUGCUUGGGGUUGCGCCUCUGGGUCCUGUACCAUUGCAGAAGGAACAUCAACUGCAGUUCCAAAUGAUGGAAGCCGCCUACUAUCAUAUGCCACAUCCGUCUGACUCGGAAAGAUUACGUUCGUACUUGCCGAGGAAUACAUGCACCACGCCACCUUAUUAUCAGCAGGUUCAGCUUCCCCAUUCGGAUACAGUGGAGUUCUUCCAACGUUUAUCUACGGAAACUUUAUUCUUCAUAUUUUAUUAUAUGGAAGGAUCUAAGGGGCAGUAUUUGGCAGCGAAAGCACUGAAGAAACAAAGCUGGAGGUUUCACACCAAGUAUAUGAUGUGGUUCCAGAGGCACGAGGAACCGAAAGUUAUUAAUGAAGAAUACGAGCAGGGACGAACGUGCUUUCCUUUGUCUGCAUUUCUUCUUGUAAACGGAAUAUUCUGCUUAUGUGAUAACAUUCAAAUAGAAGCGUGCAAGUGAAAGAAGACCUCUGUUAUAUAAUAACAAAUUUCGUCUUCGAUGCUUCGAAUUAAUUUCCCCUAACGCGUUCACCGCAAAAUGAUAAAAAAGAUUGUGAUUUUACUUAAUAAUAUUUUAUUGUGAUUAUUUGAGUGAUAUUUAAAUACCAUACUGCUCUGUGCAAAGACUUCAAGUCGUUAAAAUACAGUACUAAUUUCUUCAAUA